AUGGCCCCUCUAACGAUUCAGAUCAAGGGCCAGCUGUACUGGAAACUCGUCUUUGACUAUGACAACGGCUCUAACACCGUGAUAAUCAAUCAGAGCUACAAUUUUGCGACGCGCGAGGCAUACAAGUCGAGCUCUUUCAGAGAAGAGGUUUCGAAGGUCGCUCACACAGAGGACACGACAAACGGUGCCUCUGUUAAGGCAGGCGCAUCAUAUGGGCCUAUCUCUGCCAAGGUCUCAAGCAAUGUUGAUAUCAGAGAGGAGAUCAAUCGCACGCUGGAGAACGCCAUCAUAUCGGAGGGCGACCAUGAGAUAGAGACCAUCAUUAAGGAAUUCAAUCGAGAAUACAAAGUUGGGCCACACAGCAGACUGGUCCUAUACCAGCAGAAUUUCAGUGCUCCCGGGAUCAGCGUGAGCGGCGAUGUCUUCAAAACGACCCCAAUUCUCCUGUCAGAGAGCGAGCGCUUCAAGGAGAUUGUGAUCACCGUGGAAGUCAAGGCUGUUGAGUUCAUCAAGUGCCUCAAUGUAGUAUGUAGCGAUACUCCCGGAGGAGCACCUAUCGACCGUGUGAGGGAGAUUCACGGUGGCAAAACUGACAUCAAUGCUGGUUUCGAAGGACAAUAUGUCAGCCUCGUUCCGGAGUAUACGACCUCUGUGGACGAUGCAUGCACUUCUUUCGAUAUCAUUAUACAUGAAAGGUCAAUGCCAGGGUAUAGAGAUCUAGCUGGGGGGGCGGACGGUGAUUUCCGCCACGCUGUCCCAGUCAAGAACAUAUGCGAGAAUAUGAAAAUCACAGGUAUCAAGCUCUGGCGUUCGAGCGACUCGGUGAAUUACGACCAGGUGGAGGAUGAAGGGUUCAACGGCAUGAGCACCAAUAUCAAUGAGGGGAGGAAGGGGGAUUGGUUGUAUCUGGUCUGGAAGAAGGUUCCAGUGUACCCUGCUAGCUUGUACAAGUAG